GGACAUGAAAAAUACAUCUACACAAAGCUUGCAGAAUUAAAAGUAAACACUGUCGUCAAUGUGUAUGGUGUGGUUAAAUUUUUUAAGAGCCCUUUUAAGACCAAAGGCUCUGAUUUUGUGUGCACCCUGAGUUUAGUGGAUCCAUCGCUGCCUUCUUUGGAUAGUUCUUUUAAAUGUGUAUUAUUUUCCAAGUCAAAGGAGGGCUUGCCUUCAGUCAAGGCUGUAGGAGAUGUAGUUCAUUUUCAGCAUCUUGGAGUUGGUCAUUAUCAGGGUGAGCUUCAGGGAAAAUUCACAGCAGAUUCUUCUUGGUAAGUUUUAAUUAACCACAGAUUUUGUAUCUCUGCAUCCUGCGUCCCUGACGAAAAUAAUUCAUGAAAUGCAUCCCACAGGAUGCAAAGAACAGUUGAUCGAUUUGAAGAUUUUUUGGUAGAAUAUCCUGCUCAUGUGAUUUCUGUGGCUGUUGUUCAAAGAUGCAUAUUUGCUUUAGUUUUUUAGCUUUAAAUAUAUAGAAGGACUGUACUACUAAUUUAAAACUGUAAUAAAGAGUUUUGGCAUCUGUCUCCAGAUUAACUGUCUGGUUACAUAAAGGCACAAGCAUUUUCAAUAGACCUUUUUACCGAUACGGCGGCCAUAUUGAAUUGAUUCGAUUUAAGGAGUAUUAUAGGAUGCCCAGGGGGCAUGAGCACAUUUCGUUUUUAUUUUCGAGCGCUUUUCAGGAAAUUUUUCUUAAAGUUUUCUUCGAAUAAGAUUGUAUUGGGAAUAAAGAUCCUUGUGCCGUGUUUGGAUGUAAUAAUGAUCGCCUUUUUCUAGUAUAGAAUUAGAAAUAUGAUCUUUCACUGUAUAUUUCUCAGGAGAAGGCCGAUCAUUAUAUACAUCAAAACACGGCACAAGGGUCUUUUUUCCCAUUACAAUCUUAUUCUAAGAAAACUUUGAGAAAAAAUGUCCCGAAAAGUGCUGGAAAAUACAAACGAAAUGUGCUCAUGCCCCCUGGGCAUCCUAUAAUACUCCUUAAAUCGAAUUAAUUCAAUAUGGCUGCCGUAUCGGUAAAAAGGUCUAUUUAGAACUCCUUGUUUGUUUGUUUUUUUUAACUGGAGUGGGACUCACUGGUUAUUGACAGGGACUCAUGAUUUUUCACAAGUUAGAUGAGUCCCAAGACUCACCAUAACUGUUUGUAACAAAAUCACUGAUCAACCCUUUAAAUGCUAAGAGUGACCAUGAGCGGGAAUGAUAUAUUUUUUUAAUUUUCUUCCAGCAAUAUCCCUACAUCAUGAAAGGAAACGUUAUCAGAAUUUACUUUAAAUGUUCACUUAAGGGAAAAAAUGUUUUUAUCUUUUAUCAAAAGAAAGAGGAUAGGAAAUUGGAUAGAGAUCACAGGAGUAUUAAAGGAAGGUGGGAAACACUUUCCUUUGGUGAUAAAAAGCUUGAUUGACUAGAACUGAUUACUUGUCUCACUUUUUCACCGAUAUAUUUUUGUUCUUGUGCCCCCCCUCCAUGUUCUCCCUCCGCCCCUUCCUCCAUUUCAAGCACUUGCCACUCAGCAGCAAGGAAAUUUUUAUUAUUGUUUUUUCAGGGUUGUGUUUGACAUACACAGCUCAGAUACUCCACAAGUGAGAGCAUCCUCAUCAAAGUCAUACAAUUUGACCGAUGAUGAAAAAGGUGUCCUUGAAGAACUACAGGCAUGGAGUGCACACAAGGAGGCUCUCAACAAAAGGUUCUCAAUCACCAAUCUGAAAGAACUAAGUACCACUCGCCAUUUCAUAAACUUACUAGCUCAAGUGGUAGCCAUAAGGUGGACAGAAAAAGGUGACAUAGUCUUGACAUUGUGGGAUGGGUCCCUUCCUGCCUGCCAAUCAGUACUGGUUGAUCCAAUCAGUGAACAGGGGCAAGUCAUGUCUGAUAAACUCAUGCAUAAAGCAUCUAAGUGCUGCAUUGAUGUAAUUCUCUAUGACAACCAUGUCAGAAGCAUUGGUACAAAGAUCUGCCCUGGCAAUUUUGUUUGUAUCAGGAAUGUACAUGUUAAGGAGAGAACAGCUGACAGCAGCGUUACAGCACAUAAUCGUCAGGUAAUUUGUGGCAGUAAAAGGUACAAUUUACAUAACUCCUCUAUUGAUAUAACUGCAUUGGAUUCCCAUUGCCGAGUGCAUUAAAUUUAAAAUUGUUUUUUUCAACCUUCAAAGGCCUCCAUGAGCUAUCCCCUUCCUACAUGAAAGAACUUCUAACUCUGUAUUGUCCUGCACACAUGCUUCGAUCAUCAUCUUCCUCACUUUUAGCCCGGACUGAUUAUAACAGUGAGGACCUGUGGUGGCAGGGCGUUUGCCAUCUCCACCACUGAGCUUUGGAAUCAGUUACCUGAUAACAUUAAAUCUAAUGCCAUUUUAACAACUUUUAAAUCAAAGCUUAAGACCUGUUUUUUAAUAUCACUUUCAAGAAUUAUUUUUUAUCUAAAUUUCAUUUUUUUCAUUUUUAUUUUUUACAAUCGUGUGAAUAUUGUGUAAAGGACAUAAAGCUUCUGUAUAUGUACUAACUCCUCGAGUUCUUACAAUUCACCCAUCUAUCUCUUUAACCUCUUUGCUAGUCAUCAUAGACAAGUGGAUUUUGUUGCUGGGCAAAUAACUUUUACAGCUCGGGUAAGGGUCUGGGCAAGUCACCCUCUAACAAAAUCAUUGACUAAGAUGAGCAAGAAGUGGCCCCAGGCAAGCAAAAUGUAAGAGCUGCUUGCCCAAACGACAAGAUGGAAAUCAACUUUUUUUCGAGCCAUGCGAUCGCCUACUCUUCCAGAUGUCAGUGCAGCAGUUUUCACUUAAACCUUUGGGUUUUGAAGCUACAAUAGAUCUAGUGCACAUACAUAAACCUCACCUCAUAUGCCAGCCUCCCGUCCAGACUCUAACAUUAGUUAAAAGAACAAGCAUGGGAAAAUACUCUUCGCAGACAAAGAAAUAAAUAACUAUUCUAUUAAUUUUUUGGGCACUUCAAUGUCACGGUCUCUUUUUCCGAAGGUGGCCGCUUAAUAGAAGAUUGCGUUUUUGUAACUGCAUUAUCACAAUGCAUGUAUUAUUUUUAACACUAUUUGCCAUUGUGAGUUGGAGGGUAAAAUGUCAUCGUACUGUGACCCACGGGAGUUAAGAGAGCAUACAAACUCAGCGUGGUCACUUGUGUGCAGACUUCGUACAUGUGCUCAACGUCAAUGCAAAAAUUCUCUUUUCCUGCGUAGCAAGCGUUUCCGCGCGAGUUCGUCCAGAAAGUUUUGCGCUCUCUCCAGCUUUUCGCGCAAUAAAUCAAUUGGAAGCGCUUGCAACGCAGUCUAAAACUCUCUAGGGUAUAAUUUUUACUCUUUUUUACAACUUUAAUCUCCUCUUCUAAUUUACCCUUAAAACGUACGUUAAUCAAUGCUGUCUUAUUUUACUUGCAGUUAGCAGAGUCACGUCCUCUUGUAAGCCUAGAAGUCCACAGGGGUACGAUUUGUGGACGCGGUGUUGAAAUUCUUUCAGCUAAUGACCCUCAAGUGACGUCAAGUGCAAUGAUGGCAUUCAUGGCCAAAGCAGAGGAAUUAAUGAUACACCAGGAGGAGAGUGAUGCUAUGGACACCUCUGAAAGUGAAGGGAACAAAAUAACGACGACACGACCCUUGGAUCAGUUCUGUGAAGUACAGGAAAAGAGUAGCGGCGGUGAAGAGAGCUGUCAAGGUAUAGUCCCUGUUCACAAUAUUGAAAGCCAGCCUCUCCAAACUUCAAUGUAUCCACAACCUCUGAAUCAGUGUGGUGAAGUACAGCAAAAGUCCAGUAGCUCCGGUGAAGAGAGCUGUCAAAAUAUAGCCCCCAUAUACAAUACUGAAAGCCGGGCUCUUCAAACCUCAUGCACAAUAACCGAGCAUCCCUGUAUACCAUUCAUGUCUAUACGGGACAUCAAAGCGUGCAAAACGGUUCCUAACAAAUUCCGUUGCAGAGUCAAAGCUGUGAUAUUCUUGCCAUCGGAAGUGAAAGACUUCGUGCGAAGGUGCUGCCAAUCUUGUAGAUGCAUGUAUAGAGAUUGCUCUGGCUCUUCCAGUGCGACUGGUGCUUCAGAAUCAUCUUUGCUAUGUACCAAAUGUAACCAAGAGACAACUCUAGUCUAUCUGUUUUCCUUUGUUAUUGAAGAUAAUUCGGGAGUUCUCCAGGCCAUGGUCUUCGACAAGGAUGCCGAGACUUUCUUUCCAAAUCUUCCUUCACCACAAGAUUUGGUAGAGCAGACUACUUCCCAGCAUCUUCUGAAAGAAUGGAUGUUAUCUAUGACCCAGAAUCUUGAAAACUCGCUUAAAAUUGUUGCACCUAACCAGUAUGACAUAAGACCGUGGCUAGAACUUUGUAUCUUAUCAUAUAUUCCUGAAAAUCAAGGUCAAGGAAAAGUCCUCUACCGGGUGUUUGAUUCCACAUUUGUUGGAGAUUCUUAG